AUGCAGCCCGCGGUCUCCGCGGGUUUCCGAAAGCGCACGGCAGGAGGCGACAUGGGGCACGCGGCGCCGAAGGCUCGGGGCUUGCAGCUUGCUCCCGCACCGCUGCUGCUUCUCGCGGCGGCCGCGGCGCUGCUGGUUGUGCCGGGCGCCCACGGGCGCCCCGCCGAGGAGGACGAGGAGCUGGUGCUGCCGGUGCUGGAGCGCGAUCCGGGACUCAGGACCGCGCACCUCCGCCUGGACGCCUUCGGCCGGCAGCUGAGCCUGGAGCUGCAGCCGGACCGCAGCUUCCUGGCACCCGGCUUCACGCUCCAGACGGUGGGACGCAGGCCCGAGCCGGACGUGCCGCGUUCUGAUCCGGUGGGCGACCUGGCGCACUGCUUCUACUCUGGCACGGUCGACGGCGACCCCAGCUCCGCCGCGGCGCUCAGCCUCUGCGAGGGCGUGCGCGGCGCCUUCUACCUGCAGGGCGAAGAGUACUUCAUCCAACCCGCGCCCGCCGCCGCCACCUUGAGCCUCGCCCCCGACGCCGCCGCCGCCGGGGAGGAGCCGCCGGCGCUGCAGCAGUUCCAUCUCCUGCGGCGGAGGCGGCGGGGCGACGGCGGCGCCAAGUGCGGGGUCGUGGAUGACGAGACCCAGCUGGCGGGGGGCGCGGAGCCGGUGGGCGAGGACGCCACCGCGCAAUGGGCGCCACGGGACCGAGCGCCACAGCGCCCGGGGCACCGAACAGGAACUGGAAGCCUAAGAAAGAAGCGAUUUGUGUCCAGCCCCCGCUAUGUGGAAACGAUGCUUGUGGCUGACCAGUCCAUGGCCGAGUUCCACGGCAGCGGGCUAAGGCACUACCUCCUGACCUUGUUCUCCGUAGCGGCCCGGUUAUACAAACACCCCAGCAUUCGCAAUUCAGUGAGCCUGGUGGUGGUAAAGAUCCUGGUCAUCUACGAGGAAGAGAAGGGCCCAGAAGUGACUUCCAAUGCUGCCCUUACCCUUCGGAACUUCUGCGGCUGGCAGAAACAGCACAACCCGCCCAGUGACCGGGAUGCGGAGCACUAUGACACGGCAAUUCUGUUCACCAGACAGGACCUGUGUGGUGCCCAGACAUGUGAUACUCUUGGGAUGGCGGAUGUUGGAACUAUAUGUGAUCCCAAUAGAAGCUGCUCUGUCAUAGAGGAUGAUGGCUUACAAGCCGCCUUCACUGCCGCCCACGAAUUAGGCCAUGUGUUUAACAUGCCCCAUGAUGAUGCCAAGCAGUGUGCUGGCAUUAAUGGUGUCAACCGGGAUUCCCACAUGAUGGCGUCAAUGCUUUCCAAUCUGAACCACAGCCAGCCCUGGUCUCCCUGCAGUGCCUCCAUGAUUACAACAUUUCUGGAUAAUGGUCAUGGUGAAUGUUUGAUGGACGAGCCCCAGGUCGCCAUCCAGCUGCCCUCCGAUCUCCCGGGGACCUUGUACGAUGCCGACCGGCAGUGCCAGUUCACGUUCGGAGAGGAGUCCAAACACUGCCCAGACGCGGCCAGCACCUGCUCGAUUCUCUGGUGCACGGGCACCUCUGGCGGAUUGCCCGUGUGCCAGACCAAACACUUCCCCUGGGCUGACGGCACCAGCUGCGGAGAGGGGAAAUGGUGUGUCAACAGCGAGUGCCUGAACAAGAGCGACAAGAAGCACUUUGAUACCCCUGUUCACGGAAGCUGGGGGCCGUGGGGGCCCUGGGGAGACUGCUCGAGAACGUGUGGAGGCGGAGUUCAAUAUACGAUGAGGGAGUGUGACAACCCGGUGCCGAAGAACGGAGGAAAAUACUGCGAGGGCAAGCGCAUGCGCUACAGGUCCUGCAACAUCCAGGACUGUCCGGACAUUAACGGAAAAAGCUUUAGAGAGGAACAGUGUGAGGCACACAAUGAGUUAUCCAAAGCUUCCUUUGGCAGCGGGCCCGCAGUGGAGUGGAUACCCAAAUACGCAGGAGUCUCACCCAAGGACAGGUGCAAGCUUAUCUGUCAAGCCAAAGGCAUUGGCUACUUCUUCGUUUUGCAGCCCAAGGUGGUGGAUGGCACCCCUUGUAGCCCAGAUUCCACCUCCGUCUGUGUGCAAGGACAGUGUGUAAAAGCUGGCUGUGAUCGCAUCAUAGACUCCAAAAAGAAGUUCGAUAAAUGUGGCAUCUGUGGAGGAAAUGGAUCUACAUGCAAAAAAAUAUCAGGAUCAGUUACCAGUGCAAAACCCGGCUAUCAUGAUAUCGUCACAAUUCCAACCGGAGCCACAAACAUUGAAGUGAAGCAACGGAAUCAGAGAGGAUCCAGAAAUAACGGGAGCUUCCUGGCCAUCAAAGCUGCCGAUGGCACGUAUAUCCUGAACGGCGACUUCACUCUGUCCACUUUGGAGCAAGACAUCACGUACAAAGGUACUGUCCUGAGGUAUAGUGGCUCCUCGGCGGCGCUAGAAAGAAUCCGAAGCUUCAGCCCUCUCAAGGAGCCCUUAACCAUCCAAGUCCUGACAGUGGGCAAUGCCCUCCGACCCAAAAUUAAAUACACCUAUUUCAUGAAGAAGAGGAAGGAAUCUUUCAAUGCCAUCCCUACUUUCUCGGAGUGGGUCAUUGAAGAAUGGGGUGAGUGUUCCAAGUCGUGUGGGCUGGGUGUGCAGAGAAGGCUCGUGGAGUGCCGGGACAUCAACGGACAGCCUGCUUCAGAGUGCGCCAAGGAAGUGAAGCCAGCCAGCACCAGACCUUGUGCGAACCUGCCUUGCCCCCGCUGGCAGCUGGGGGACUGGUCGCCGUGUUCCAAGACUUGCGGGAAGGGUUACAAGAAGAGAACCUUGCAGUGUCUGUCCCAUGAUGGGGGGGUGUUGUCUCAUGAGAGCUGCGAUCCUUUAAAGAAACCUAAACACUACAUAGACUUCUGCACGAUGGCAGAGUGCAGUUAG